UUCAUAUUCCCGUUCUGAUUUCUCUCUUUCUCCUGUUCAUCUUCCUCGGCGUCCAUUUUCCAUUUUCUAUACCCUCCAUUGUCGUAGCACUUAUCCCACCGAUUAGGGUUUCACGCGAUUCCCGUUUCUGGGAGAUUUCGACGGUACUCAUGGGGUUUUCUCCCGUUUGUCUGGAACUUCCUGUGAUUGCGACUACGUUUACUGGUUUUUCCUGUCCGUUUGUGUACGCUAAGCCCUAAAUCUCGUACAUUGUCGGAAUAAAGAAGAGCAUUUACUAUCUGCUCUGUGUGUUUGGAGCUGGAGGAAUCGAAGUAAAAGAUAAUGAGGUCUAAGGCGGUAUGGGAUCCUGAUUUUCACAAAAUAUUCGUGGAUUUAUGCAUCGAGCAAAAGACGCUAGGGAAUAAACCCGGAACACAUUUCACUAAAGAGGGUUGGAGGAAUAUAUUGGAAUCUUUUCAGGAGAAGACGGGUUCCAAAUACGAUAGAAUGCAGCUUAAAAAUCAUUGGGAUACUAUGGGAAGGCAGUGGAAAGUAUGGUCUAGACUUGUUCAAUGCAGUUAUAUGAACUGGGAUCCGGAGACAAACACGUUUGGUGCCAGCGAUGAAGAUUGGAUCAAUUAUGUACAGGAUAAUCCCGAGGCUGGGCAGUAUCGGAUGUGUCCUCCACAGUACCUCGAGAAACUCGAAAUUAUCUUUUCGGGUAAUGAGGUAGAUGCCAUAGAUGAUGAGGUUGUGGGAAUGAGCAAGAGGGCGAGUAGCCGACAUGAGGAAGAUCGUGAUACCGGAGAUGAAGAUAGGCAAAGCAUGUCUAAGUCAUCGACCCCGCAACCAAAAGGCUAUUGGUCACCGUCCACACACGAGUUGUUUCUUGAUCUUUUGGUACAAGAGACUCUAAAAGGGAACAGACCCGAUUCACACUUGACCAAGGAGGGAUGGAAGACGAUUCUCGAGACGAUCAAUGACAAGACCGGGUUAGGUUAUACGAGAGCGCAGUUGAAAAACCACUGGGAUUGCACGAGGAAAUCGUGGAAAAUCUGGUGUCAACUUGUCGGCAUAAGUAGCCUGAAAUGGGAUCCGGAUUCUCGUACAUUUGGUGCCACAGACGAGGAGUGGCGAAGCUAUUUACGGGUGAACCCAAGAGCAUCACAAUUCAGAAACAAGCAAAUUCCUCAUCCUGACAAACUGGCAAUCAUCUUCCAUGGAAUCAUAGAACCCGGAGCUCCAUACUCUCCUCCUCGGCGGAAGAGGAAACGGUCUGAAACACUCAAUUUCCAUGACCCAACUCCAUUAUCGAUCCUGCAAACGAACGAGGCAGCCAUAACGAGUCCAGAUGGAGAUGAAAUCGAAAUUUUCCCCACUAUCCGCCCGAGGAUAAGCAUCUGUUUUCAAGAAUCUCGGUUGCGAGAAGGUGUAGCCAUUCCCAUAGACAGGGAAGUGAACCAGAACCAGAGAUCCGAGGCUGUAGAGUCGAGGAGCAAUGUUCACGAGAGUCCAGUCAGCGUCCGGAUGGCAUCAGGAGAGCCCGGGUAUACGAUCGGGGAAUGCAUAGAAUGUCUUGAUGCAAUGGAAGAGGUGGAGCAAGGGAGUGAUCUCUACUUGUUUGCAUUGGACAUGUUCCUCAAGAAAGAGUACAGAGAGAUCUUCUUGCAGCUGAGGAAGCCAUGUUUAAGAGUUGCUUGGUUGCAGAGACUUCAGUCUGGUGGUCCCACCAUAAGUCCCUGAACUUUUAAGGUAGGACACAGGUAAAAUUGUCCGAAAAUCGGGUAUCCACGCAUAUUUGCAUUCAUUCGAAUCCCAAUUUGUGAAUAUCGGUAAAUCUGAAUCUGAAUCUGGCUAACAUGAUUUUUAAAAUCGGGUAUUUGCAUAUACUUUUUUUUAAUAGAUCAACAUCA